AUGACUUCAUACUACGAACAACGUAACAAAAUUACCCGCGAAACUGGCGGAAUUAGAGUCACAAUACAAAAUUUUAAAUUGGAUUAUUUUUCCAUUUUGACGCCAAUGAAGCUCAUUAUCGCUGCAAAGCGUAGUCCUACUUUCUUAAAUAAUUCCGAACGAAGGGUGUGGUCCUGCUUAGAUGGGAUGAAACACCAUGCAUUAGAUGCAUAUCGUAUUCCAGACGUAAUAAAAAGAGCAAGUUCACAGAUUACUACAGCAACAUUUUCAGAUUUAUGGGGAUAUAAAAAAGAAGCAUUUCAAGCAAGUACGCGUUCACCAAAAAUAUUAGCAGACGCUGGUAUACCUGUAGCACUCCAUUAUCAUCAGCUGUAA